CUCGAGCCGCGGGCCGCCCAUCGCUGGGCAGCGGCUCGCCGCCGUUAAUUCGGGCCGCUCGCCGCCGAGGGGGGCGGCGGCGGCCGCGGGCCGCAGGGCGGCGCCCAGCACGGCUCCCCUGAGGCGCGGAGAGGAAGUCCAAGGGCGUCGAGUUCGAGUUCGACCCGAAUUGCACCCGCGCCAAGGUGAUUGCAGCGCUACGUGGCGCCUGGUUGGAUCGCGGUCACGUCGGGGAAGUCGAUCCAGAUCGUUGGUGGCAUGGGGGAGUACAUCGACGACUCCAUCGAGGAGACCGAGCGCCGCUUCGACAGUCAGUACACCAUCAACGAGGUGAACUUGCUUGGCGAGGGCACAUAUGGCAAGGUCUACAAGGCGCGCUUCAACCGGACGGGCCAGACGGUGGCGAUGAAGAAGAUGAAGCUCGGCUCCGAGGACGAGGGCGUUCCGAGCACCGCGCUCCGCGAGAUCGCGCUGCUCAAGGAGCCCAUCGUCAAGCUGGUCGACAUCUUCUGCUCGUGCAAGAAGCUGGUGCUGGUGUUCGAGUUCCUAGAGAACGAUCUAAAGAAGUACAUGAAGUCGCUGGGGAGACACCUGGCGCCGGAGGCGGUGAAGAACCUUUCCCUCCAGCUUUGCCGAGGCAUAGAGUUCUGCCAUAGCAACCGCAUCAUCCACCGGGACAUCAAGCCGCAGAACCUGCUGAUCGACCACCGCGCGGAGGGCGGCAGGAUCCGGCUGAAGCUCGCCGACUUCGGCCUGGCCCGGACGUACAGCAUCCCCGUCCCGAGGUAUACCCACGAGGUCGUGACCGUGUGGUAUCGCCCUCUGGAGAUACUCCUGGGCUCUCCGCUCUACAGCGUCCCCGUUGACUUGUGGAGCAUCGGCUGCGUCAUAGGAGAGAUGGCCACGAGCUCGCCGCUCUUCGGGGGGGACUCCGAGAUCGACACCGUUUUUAAGGUGUUCCAGAAGCUCGGCACCCCCACGGUGGAGCAGUGGCCUGGGCUGUCGGAGCUGCCGGACUUCAAGCCCACGUUCCCCAAGUGGGCGCACCGGGGUUGGGAGAACAUCCGCAACACGCAGGCGCAGGUCGGCGCCACGGGCAUCGACCUCCUGGAGCAGCUGAUGGUCUACGACCCCAAGAGGCGCAUCUCGGCGAGGAGGGCGCUGCAGCACCCAUACUUCGCGGACGCCGACCGGAUGGAGCACUAGG